AUCGCUGAAUGUUAUCGUACUUGCCAUCGAUCUAUCUGUAUUUCAUAAAAAGCCAAUCGCAACAACAUCCACAAGUAAACAACACAACAACGAAAGAAACAUGGUAUUCCACAAACAAUAUGCGGAUGGAUCACCCAGACCUCUCUGUCGAGGUUGGUUGCAUGGAAUGAGUGCCCUGACGUCUCUGUCACUAACCUACAAAUACUGGAAUGAGAUCCCGUCAGUGGCCACCCCCGUGGUGAUGAAUAUCUGCUGCUUGUUUGUCAUUUCAAGUCUGGUACACUUGGUUCCUUGGCAAUCCAGGACACUGGAAGAAGCAAUCACCAGAAUAGACAAGGCUUGUAUCUUGGCUCUCUGUUGGACUUCCUUAUUUCUGACCCCACAACUACACGAGAGUGAUGCCUGCAGACCCGACUUUGUGUUCUCCUUGGUAACAGCGGCCAUCCCGGUUGGUUUGGGAGUUAUGGGGGUACUUUGUGGUGCUGGUCCCAUUGCCUUUGGUGGCUUUUUCUGUGCUGUGGCAUCCAGCAUGUGGCAUUUUGGAAUGCAGGUAGAAGACUCGGAUGUUUUUUACUGCAUUGUGGGAAGCACUGCUCUCUAUGCCAUUGGCUUUGGCCUGUAUGGCAGCCAAGCAGGUGGUCAUCAUCCCGUUUGGGGCUACCAUGAAUGGUUCCAUUUGCUGGUCGCCAUUGGCAGUGUCAUCAGUGCUCAAGCAGUGUUUUCCUUUAGUGCCUACACAAAUGAAAUCUGCAGUCUUCCCGGUGGAAGCAGCAGCAGCACAUUGGCGGAAUCUGUGGUGGGCAUUGUGACGAGUAAUUCCACCAACUACACAGCAGAAGAGUUCUACAGUAGUACACCUGCAAUUCAAGCGGAAGCAGCCGUAGAAUUGUUGGUGUGGUCCGGACUGAAGCUUGACCUGUCUUUCUUACCAGCUGGGUUAUAGAAAACACAGAAUGAAAGGAACAAAACGGGGGCUUGGCUUUGCGGGAUCCAUGGAGACAUAAAUGAGUAGCUUUAACUACUAGCUAGUAUACUGGCACAGCUUAUCUUUUA